CGGCUCUCCCGGGAGCGGCCCGGGGCUGCACCGGACCGGCGCCUGCCCGCUCCGCGCUGCCCUCGGCCUCGCCCCGGGCCCGGGCGGAUGAGCCGCGCGCCCGGGGGACAUGGAAGCGCUGACGCUGUGGCUUCUCCCUUGGAUCUGCCAGUGUGUUACGGUGCGGGCCGACUCCAUCAUCCACAUCGGUGCCAUCUUCGAGGAGAGCGCAGCCAAGGACGACAGGGUGUUCCAGCUGGCUGUGUCCGACCUGAGCCUCAACGAUGACAUCCUGCAGAGUGAGAAGAUCACCUACUCCAUCAAGGUCAUCGAGGCCAACAACCCCUUCCAGGCCGUGCAGGAAGCCUGUGACCUCAUGACCCAGGGAAUCUUGGCCUUGGUCACAUCUACCAGCUGCGCAUCCGCCAAUGCUCUGCAGUCCCUCACAGAUGCCAUGCACAUCCCACACCUCUUUGUGCAGCGCAACCCUGGGGGCUCUCCACGCACCGCCUGCCACCUGAACCCUAGCCCUGACGGCGAGGCCUACACACUGGCUUCAAGACCGCCUGUCCGCCUCAACGAUGUCAUGCUCAGGCUGGUGACUGAGCUGCACUGGCAGAAGUUCAUCAUGUUCUAUGACAGCGAGUAUGAUAUCCGUGGACUCCAAAGCUUUCUGGACCAGGCCUCACGGCUGGGCCUUGACGUCUCUUUACAAAAGGUGGACAAGAACAUCAGCCACGUGUUCACCAGCCUCUUCACCACCAUGAAGACAGAGGAGCUGAACCGCUACCGGGACACGCUGCGCCGCGCCAUCCUGCUGCUCAGCCCACAGGGGGCUCAUUCCUUCAUCACCGAGGCCGUGGAGACCAACCUGGCUUCCAAGGACAGCCACUGGGUCUUUGUGAAUGAGGAAAUCAGUGACCCUGAGAUCCUGGAUCUGGUCCACAGUGCCCUUGGCAGGAUGACCGUGGUCCGACAGAUCUUCCCGUCUGCAAAGGACAACCAGAAGUGCAUGAGGAACAACCACCGCAUCUCUUCCCUGCUCUGUGACCCCCAGGAAGGCUACCUCCAGAUGCUGCAGAUCUCCAACCUCUAUCUGUAUGACAGUGUUCUGAUGCUGGCCAACGCCUUCCACAGGAAGUUAGAAGACCGGAAGUGGCACAGUAUGGCAAGUCUCAACUGCAUACGGAAGUCCACCAAGCCAUGGAAUGGAGGGAGGUCCAUGCUAGACACAAUCAAAAAGGGCCACAUCACUGGCCUCACAGGGGUGAUGGAGUUUCGGGAGGACAGCUCGAAUCCCUAUGUCCAGUUUGAAAUCCUUGGCACGACCUAUAGUGAAACCUUUGGCAAAGACAUGCGCAAGCUGGCGACGUGGGACUCGGAGAAGGGUCUGAAUGGCAGCUUGCAGGAGAGGCCCAUGGGCAGCCGCCUCCAAGGACUGACUCUCAAAGUGGUGACUGUCUUGGAAGAGCCUUUUGUGAUGGUGGCUGAGAACAUCCUUGGGCAGCCCAAGCGCUACAAAGGCUUCUCCAUAGAUGUCCUGGAUGCGCUGGCCAAAGCUCUGGGCUUCAAAUACGAGAUUUACCAGGCCCCUGAUGGCAGGUAUGGGUACCAGCUCCAUAACACCUCCUGGAACGGGAUGAUCGGGGAGCUCAUCAGCAAGAGGGCAGACGUGGCCAUCUCAGCCAUCACCAUCACCCCGGAGAGGGAGAGCGUUGUGGACUUCAGCAAGCGCUACAUGGACUACUCGGUGGGGAUUCUAAUCAAAAAGCCCGAGGAGAAAAUCAGCAUCUUCUCUCUUUUUGCUCCGUUUGACUUUGCGGUGUGGGCCUGCAUUGCGGCCGCCAUCCCUGUGGUGGGUGUGCUGAUAUUUGUGUUGAACCGGAUACAGGCAGUGAGGGCUCAGAGUGCCGCCCAGCCUCGACCAUCUGCGUCUGCCACGCUGCACAGCGCCAUCUGGAUCGUCUACGGAGCCUUCGUCCAGCAAGGUGGUGAAGGUUCUGUGAACUCCAUGGCCCUGCGCAUAGUGAUGGGCAGCUGGUGGCUCUUCACCCUCAUUGUGUGCUCCUCCUACACCGCCAAUCUUGCUGCCUUCCUCACGGUGUCCCGGAUGGACAACCCCAUAAGGACAUUUCAGGACCUGUCCAAACAAGUGGAGAUGUCUUAUGGCACUGUCCGGGAUUCUGCUGUUUAUGAGUACUUCCGUGCCAAGGGCACCAACCCCCUGGAGCAGGACAGUACAUUUGCCGAGCUCUGGAGGACCAUCAGCAAGAACGGAGGUGCUGACAACUGCGUGUCCAGUCCUUCGGAAGGCAUCCGGAAGGCAAAGAAGGGGAACUACGCCUUUCUGUGGGAUGUGGCCGUGGUGGAGUAUGCAGCCCUGACAGACGACGACUGUUCAGUGACUGUCACUGGCAACAGCAUCAGCAGCAAGGGCUACGGGAUUGCCCUGCAACAUGGCAGCCCCUACAGGGACCUCUUCUCUCAGAGGAUCCUGGAGCUGCAGGACACAGGGGACCUGGAUGUGCUCAAGCAAAAGUGGUGGCCACACACAGGCCGCUGCGACCUCACCAGCCACUCUAGCACCCAGGCUGAUGGCAAGUCCCUCAAACUGCACAGCUUUGCUGGGGUCUUCUGCAUCCUGGCCAUUGGCCUCCUCCUCGCCUGUCUGGUGGCUGCCCUGGAGUUGUGGUGGAACAGCAACCAGUGCCACCAGGAGACCCCCAAAGAGGACAAAGAGGUGAAUCUGGAGCAGGUACAUCGGCGCAUGAACAGCCUCAUGGAUGAAGACAUUGCUCACAAGCAGAUCUCACCUGCAUCCAUCGAGCUCUCUGCCCUGGAGAUGGGAGGCCUGGCACCCAGCCAGGCCCUGGAGCCCACAAGAGAGUACCAGAACACCCAGCUCUCAGUCAGCACCUUUCUGCCAGAGCAAAGCAGCCACGGUGCCAGCCGGACACUCUCUGCAGGGCCCAGCAGCAACCUGCCACUGCCGCUGAGCAGCUCGGCCACCAUGCCCUCCAUCCAGUGCAAACACAGGUCGCCCAAUGGGGGGCUAUUCCGGCAGAGCCCAGUAAAGACCCCCAUCCCCAUGUCCUUCCAGCCUGUGCCUGGAGGCGUCCUCCCAGAGGCUCUGGACACCUCCCAUGGCACCUCCAUCUGACCGAACCGCCUGCCCGCCACCCACCCACCCACCCGACCAGCAGAGCUUUUUAAUACGAGAAAAUGACAACACAGACCACACACAUGUGCGCGCGCACACACACACACACACACACACACACACACACAGACUCUUUCAUUUUUCUUGUACAUAUGUGUAAAUAAUGACAGAAUGGAGUGGGGUAAAAGUGUAUUUUGAAUAUUCCCAAUUUUCGAAGUCAGUAAAAAAACCCACAAAAACUGUAUGAAUGACUUUGUAAAUUUUGUUCUAUAUGAAUAAAAAGGCAAAUUACUUGUGAUCAUUCUGAAGUGCCAAAGGAGCCCCAUGUUCCUGGGCCUUUCUGAGGGCAGGAAGGGCCAUCAGCUAAGGAGUCCCUUCCUGCUGGGGAGAAGGAAGAUGAGCCCCCAAUGCUGCUGGCUGCCAGGACUGCCAGCUUUCCCCUCCAUCCUUUGCUCCUGGCCCCUCAUUCCUCCUUGAGUCUCCUUGGGUAGGUAAAGAGUGAAUCUGGAGCCAGCCCUAGCCUGGCCCAUUGGGUCACUGUGCUGGAGGGUGACCCACUCUUCCGGUUGGCCUUGCUCUGAGGAAUUGCUCUGGACAUAGAGCAGUUCCAGACAGUCCAGCUCAAGAUGGUGACUCCCAUGUGUGUCAGUGUGCACUGCCCUCUGAAUCCCAGAGAAGCCGCCCGUAUUGAGGUAACAGGCUCUGAGGGCUUUGACACCAAUGUGUUCCAGAAUCAUCUUGUUUUUUACUUUCUUUUCCUGCUUAGAAGAGAUGGCCAUUGAUAGACUGGGAAAGAAGGGCAGGCCCCAUCAUUGUGUCUCAGAGGCUGGGCAGAGAUGGGAUUGGCCUGGUAGAUGGUCCUCGGGAUAGGGAGAUGUGAAGUGUGGUCAGUAGUAUUGAUCAGAUGAGGCAGUGGGGACAAGAGGCCAGGUGAAGAAAAGCUACAUGCUUAGAUUUGGGCUCCUGGCCCAAAUGAGAGAGGAAACUGGUCACAGUGCAGGGAGGAAAGGAUCCUGUUGGAAGGAGUUGGAGGUGAUGCCUCCCAGGUGAUGAAAAGUCUGGGAAACAGAAGAGAGGGACCAGGAAGAAAGGAGACUUGACUCUUAGGAGUGAAACCCAAGUGAAUCAAAGACAAAAACCUUCCAUCUCCUAAAGAAGUUGCUCUUAGCCUAAAAUCAAAGUGUGCCUUUGGUUCUCAGGCCCUUGAGGAAGUCACCCAAAGACAGACCCUGACACUAGUCCCCACUUCUGGUUUCACUACCUUCUCCAGACUAGGAAUCUUCAAGCAGUGAUCUGGUCAUGACAGUGUAUCUCCAGGCUGAAAGGACCUUAGAUCCUCCGAGGCCCUUCGGGGCAAUGAGCUUGCUUGGAAACCCCGUUUCCUAAGACUAAAACAAACUGAAGGCCUCACCUCCCUCUAUUGCCCUUUCUGGGGCAACUGAACUGUAGAACCAGAGAAAGAAUCAUCAGGAGCAGAGUAUUUGGAAGAAUCUGAGCUGUAACACUUCAGUAUCUCUCCUUCUGAAAACAAAGGUGAUUCUCAUCUCCUAACUUGUCAGGGUGGAGAACAGAGCCCCCAGGUCCUGGGCCUGUGGUCAUAGAGAAAUACAAAGUCCUAUCUGUUGCCUCUUCUUUGGCCUUGUAGAGUUCUCCAGAGAUGUAUUUAUGAGGGUGAUAAUUAGCCCAGGAUUGAUUUCUUUCCUACAGCCCCUAAUGUCAUGACAGAGCUUUAAGGAAUGGCAGCAUCACACAUUCAGCUAAAGCACCCUGGGAAAGAGUAUGUUUAUAAUAAUGUUAUUUUUCUUUGGACUCUGAGAGUGGCCUGAUGUUAGUGCAGAGAUGGUCCACUGAUCAGAGUGUGUGGAGCUUGGAGCUGGGGUGCAUGGCAGAGCCUAUGUGGGCUGCUGCCAUCACCCCAAGAAAGAACAGGCUUUGCUUUCAUUCCAUCAGCACUUUGGGGAACAGCCCUAGAAGGUCGAUUUUUUAUAUCUGUGGUCUCUCUGCCUUAUCUCAUACCUGAGUUGGGGUUUUUUUCCCCAGAGAUGCCCUGUGUUCUGAGGUAGAGCAUGGGUAUGGUUAUAUUGAUGUCUGCUUAGAUGGCUUUGCUUAUAAUGAGUGUCAGGGAGGGAAAGAGAUGGAGUGUGUGUGUGUCUGUGGAGGGGGGAGGGGGGGAGAGAGAGAGAGAGAGAGAGAGAGAGAGAGAGAGAGAGAGAGAGAGAGAGAGAGAGAGAGAAUCUCCGAGGGGAAAGUAUACUGCUUCUAAAAAACCCCAUAACAUCCCAUGAUGUUAUUCUUCACCAUAUUUAUGUUAUUUUUUAAGUUCCUACCCUUGGCAUGAGGGGAAAUGAUUGAUAUUCAAGCAAGUUUUCUAGAGGGAAAACAACAACAAAACCAGAAGAAUCUUCCCAACUCAGAUUUCUGUGUCAGCUCAUAGAAUGUAUCUUUUUUUCGUGCUUUGCUCUUUGGAUUUAUAACUCUGUUUAGACUAUUCCAUACAUUUUAGGUAUUUUUUGUGCCUUCAGACACUGCAAAUAAUAAUCAGCAUUUGGAUUAAAGUUGUUUAAU